CUGUCUUGUCUUUCCUUUCGUAGCCCUUGCACUGGUACUUGGGCACAUGUUAUCCUUUUCCUGCUUAACAGUGCUUUCUUUAAAGCUGUACUCUUUUCCAGCUGCCCAUUUCUCCUGGUCAGGUCCACCUCCAUGUCUCAUCUUGGCAAUUCCAAACAGUAGCUCCCAACUGCCAAGGCUUUCUGUGAUUCCCAGUUGCCCCAUUUUAAUAGCUGUUUGAUGCCUUGUAUGUCUCAUAUCCAACAGCAGGAUAACAAUGGGGUUGUAGACUGGCUAAGCAGCCUGGUUUGAAAAUGGUGACUGUCAUGACUAACAAAGUCACUUUUUACAUAUCUAGACAUCAAAGACUGAGAAACUUGAGAAUAUGGGUUGUUAAGAUUAGAUGGGGUCUCACCAGGCCCCAUGGUGCCACAGGUAAUUUUAAAGCAUUCUUCUGGGUUGUGACUUGGGUUUUGGUCUUGCAUUUCACUCCCCACUCAAAGCCUGUGGUUAGUGAAAGAAAAAUACACACAUACCUUCUCGGGUGGUAAUCCUUACCUGACACAUUUACUGCUGAGAAAAAAACUAUCACUCUGCCAUUUUUUUUUAAUCCUGUAAUUACUAUGAUUAUUCAUGGUGUUGACUGAAAUGGAAUUGAAUUUUACUUGUGUAUGGACUUUCUGAUCUUGAGCCUAAUUUUGCUGUUCUAUCAAACUUGCUCUUUACUCCAAGCCCUGCCUUUGCUGUCUGUUCAUACCAGUUUUGUGCCAUACCUGUCUUCAUUGCCUCCUUCCCUUUCUUCUUUAUCCUAUUUCCUCAUUAUUUCCAUUGUGUUGAUUUUUCUAGUUCCCCUCUUCCAAAAAAAAAAAAAAAAGAACCAACUAUCAUUCACUGCCUUGAAAUUGUUGAUGUAAUUUAUCCCUUUCCCACACCUUAUCUCCAUCUUGUCUAAAUUGAUUGUAAGCAUCUCAGGUCACGGACUACCUACUAGAUACAAAAUACUAUGCUAUAAGAAGGUUCUGUCUGAGUUAGUCUUUAUGCACAGUAUAAAUAAAUAAAUUUUAUUAAUAAUAAUAACUAUGUGAGUAAACCCACUGAUUUUAAUGGUACAGCUGACAGUAAGUGGUCAAAGUAAGUGCCAAAAGGAUGCCUUAUGCUACAUGGAAUUAAGAAGAAGAGAAGAUGCAUUUAAGGAAGCAUUGACAAAACUUUAAAAAACCCCUUAUUUAACUGGUUGCCUCUUGUAAUUUGCCAAAUAAAAGAUUUUUAUUGGUUUAUUCUUACAGUCAUUUAUUCAUUGUGGAUAGUAUCACACUGAAUACUUAUCUCAGCUUAGUGGCCUCAGGGAUAAUCCAAGCCAGUAUUAUGUUAAACUUUACGCAGAACAAUGAAAGAGCAAAUGAGCGCAAGUGUUUCUGCUCCAAAAAGUUAGGUAAAAGCCUAAUAUCUACAUGCGGUAGCUAUACAGAACUUCUAUAUACAGAUGAGGAGGAGCUUUAUAGAAAAUAAGUUGUCAAUGCCAACCUCUACAGGUGUUCAACAGGAGCUCAAAGUGGGAUAAAGCAGGAAGGUCUUUAUUUGAAAGUGCAUUAGUGGAGUUCAGUUGUACCAGCUGGCAGGAAACAGGACAUACCCUUUCAGAGUGAAACAAAAGGUACAGUAGGACCAGAUCAGUGUGUGAAUGGGCUUGCAGUUGAAGACUAACACUUUUGUGUGAUAGAGAAGGCUCUCUUUGGAAAGGUGUGGAGAACUAACAUAGUUAAACUGAAGAACUAAGAAAAUCGUGUUGCAGAGCUUUCUGAAUGGAAGCAAAUGCUUUAUUUGUUGAGGCCAGAGAAAAGGAUGUCAACAAUAACUGAGGUGAGGAGAGCUUGAGCAAGAUUCCCAGCCACGUCAAUAAAUCACAAAGAUCGCGUCUUGGCUGACAUCUGCACAGCAGUUUAGACCAAUCUGAGCCCAAACCCCGCUCCUGGCUGUAAGGUUCCACCUGCUCCUUUGCACAUUUGGCUGUAAAAUGAUGGUACGUCAGGCAGAUGGUUUGUCUAACACAUGCUCAUUACCAAGACUUUAAAUGCAAUGGAGACGCCUGAAGUUUGAAAGGAGACAGUAGUAAGAGGCAAUCAUAUCUAUAUUUGCCCAUUAGGCUGUUGAGCUACGAGCUAGAAGGGAAGGGAGGAGAGUCAAGAACUGUGCUCACCACUGCUCUUGCAGAAAAGGGAAAGAAACACAAGGUACAGUACUGACAAGCCAAGCUGAAAUAGUGACUGGAGAAGCAACAGAUGAGAGUAAUUGCAAAAGCUAAGAUACGGCACUAGCUAGCUAUGCUAAACGUGACUGAAGGCCAAAGAAGAGAUUGGUUUAAGUUGGGUUGAGAAGCUUUCAGAUGACAAGAGGAAGCAAAACCAAGUUUGUAGGGGAUUUAGGGUAGAACCAGACAAGAGGUGUGAUUGGAAGAUUUGUAAAAGUAAGAAGACAAGAGGUGCUUCUACCAAAGGCUUUUUUUUUUUUUUUUUUUUUUUUAACAUAAGAGACAAGCGUAUCUGUGGGAGUGCUGGGGGGUCAGGGCAGACUGAAUGACUAAAGCUGUGAACAAAUGAAAGAGUGGGUGGUGAGGAAGAUCAGGAAAUGAAACAGGGUGAGGUUAAUAGGGCAAGCGAUGGAGUUACAGAAGAUGCGUAGGUAAGAUUUUUGUUAAUGCCACCUAGACACUUGUAGAAAGGGGAAGCAUCAAGAGAAUAUUUUGUUGAUUUUUAUCUCUGAAGAAAAUGGUCAGAUAGCAAGUAGAGGAAAGCAGAAAGGAAAGCUUGACAAGGGUUAGUCAGCAGCAAUGAAAAGCUAGCUAGGAUUACAGGCGUGCAGAUAAGCUGCAGAAGUAGAAUUGUUUAGCUGUAAGAAGGCAGAAAUGGAGGAGAAAGCAGGUUUGCAGGAAAGGAAGUUAGCUUGAUCACAGGAUUUCCGUCAGAGACACUUUGCGCUACAAAAGCAAGCAUGGAUGAAGCAAGUGCUGAAGUGUCACCUCAAGGACCCACAUGCAAUGGCCAGUUUCGGCUGAAUUCACCAGCAGGCCGGAGGCCUUAACAGCACCUCAGAUCCCACAGUUUUUGAGAAAGCGGCAAUAAGAGGAGAUGAGGCCCAAAGGAGAGGAGCACGGCUGCGGAGCGAGCUCAGUAGUUAUCAGCGCCGCUCGCCGGCCCACACCCCGAUAGUGCCGGGCCAGCUGGCAGGCGUUCAGCCCGGAGAGCCGGCCGCAGCACGCGCAGCCCUGCCCGGGGUAAACAGGGCGGCCAGGGCGGCGAUACCGGAGCACCCAGCACUUCGGCUUCCAGGUCACGGGCCGGGCUACGGCACAGAAGCUCACGCCGGACGGAUGAUGGCUGUCCUGGAAUUGCUCCGAGCGGGAGCGACCCUGGGGAGAUGGGGAAAUAGGGAGCGUGCAGGGAGCGAGGGUGUUGGCACGAUGGUGGUAAAAUCUGGUAGAAAUCCCCAGGGAGCGCGGCUUCCCCAGCUCUGUUUAUGGCUCACCUCAUUACGGUUUAACUCGGAAAACAGUGACUGUUUCUUACUCAUUACACGUUUGGUUUUGUGACAGAAGUUAAGUAGCACUGGAUAGACACUGUAAUUCAAUAAAAAAUGCUGAAAAACAGUAUUAGAGAGCUGUAGAUUCAGGUUACUACAUCUGGUAUGCUGGAAGGCUGCGUACUCUAAGCUCCAGAUCCCACUGACGGCGAUUGGGCAUGUAAACAGGAAACCUCGCACGCUCCCACAAUAAAUACUGAUAUUUAAAUAACCUGAAGAAUGGCUUGUGUACUUAGUCUUUUUCCAAUAAACAGUGUUCCCUCAGUUUAUGAACGUUUACUGUGUGAUCAUGCUUCCCUCAGCAGUCCUGAGUGUGAGAGGCCGCAGGCUGCUCAACCAAAUUUGAAAGCCAAGGAGAAGUCUCAAAGGUAUAGGUGCAGAAAAGAUCAUCCCGACCAAGGCGGCAGUACAAAAGGAGUACGUGAAUUCUAAUUCAGAAGCCAAGAUGCAGAUGCUAAUGCCCGAACCUCAGAUUUUUGUGGAAAGAACUCUGGCCCUCAUCAAACCAGAUGUCGUUGAUAAAGAAGAAGAAAUAGAGGAUCUCAUUCUCCGAUCAGGAUUCCUGAUCGUUCAGAAACGGACACUCCAGUUAAGCCCAGAGCAAUGUAGCAACUUUUAUGCAGACCAAUAUGGAAAAGUGUUUUUUCCCAAUUUAACAGCCUAUAUGAGUUCUGGACCUUUAGUUGCUAUGGUUCUUGCCAGAUAUUGUGCAGUCUCAUACUGGAAGGAAUUGCUUGGACCAUCAAACAGCAUAAGAGCUAGGAGAACUCACCCUCACAGCUUAAGAGCAAUCUAUGGGACUGAUGAUCUGAGGAAUGCACUUCACGGCAGUCUCAGCAUUUCCUCAGCAGAAAGAGAAAUUCGAUUCAUGUUUCCAGAAGUGAUCUUGGAGCCAAUUCCAGCUGGACAAAGAGCUAGGGAUUACUUGAACCUUUAUGUAAAGCCUACGUUAUUAGCUGGGCUCACUGCACUGUGUAAAGAGAAGCCAGCAGAUCCAAUGAUUUGGCUUGCUGACUGGUUGAUUGAACACAAUCCUAAUAAACCUAGGCUACAACAUCACAUCCCUCAGGAAGAGCAUCAGGGGUGAGAGCUCAGUGGAAACCAUCUCAAGCAUUCCAAGUUACAGACACUGGAAAGCAUAAUAUGUGUAUCCCUUGGCUAUGUAAUCAAUAUUAUCUGAAGUAAAUGUUAUUGUCAUGACUACCUGUAUCCUCUUGGGAUAAAUAACCUUACACUUAACCAGCAUGUAAUAGUUCCAGUAGCUUUUCUAUUGACAAAGUGAAUGUAGAAUUACAUGAUAAAUUUAUGGUGUCAGGUGAUUAUAAAAAGACAAAAUUCUCAACAGGUGUGACUUAACUGCUAUUUUCCCCAUUUAUCUUGGUUUGGUUGUCUGGGGAGAACAAAAUUAUUUAUACCAGAGCAGAUUCCCAAAUGACAUACAGCUGGCCUGUGCUUUGUGAAACUGAGACUUGUGUUUCAGCAUUUUUUUUAGCAGACACAAAUUCCAUUAUGAAGGGAGGUACUUGGAUGUAACUUAGAAAACAAUUACUGGAGGCAUAUUAGCAACUUUAGAAUUUUAAUUGCUGAUUACAUCACUGAGCUAAGGUCACUCCUGAAGAUGAUUCACUUGAGCCUGAUGUAUUUUGUCAGAAUAUAAUUUGAAGGACUUAUUUGAAGGUACAUUGCAUGUACCUUUCCCAUCUCAGUGGUGAAAAGCACUGUGGUUAUAAAUCAGUGUUUGAUUUCAAUUAGAAGUCACAAGAAGGUGUAUUUUAGUCAAGGACUAAACCUGUCUUCCAACAUUUGUUUGAAAGAAAGGUGCUUAAUUGGAACAGCUCACCUUAAGGGUGUUUUCUGUGUUCUCCUGCUGUUAAAAGGUAUGCUGAUUUCUGUUGUUUUCCUUGUAUCGUUGUUUACCCUUGAACUUUAAUGUGUUCUGUUUGAGAAUUUCAAGAGAAUGGGUUAGGGGCCAUGCUAUUCAACGGGCACUAUUACCUUUUCUAAAGUAACUGGACUGUUUUGGGGGGCGGGGGAGGGCAGCAUGGGGCUUUUUAAUUUUCUUCAGAGCGCUGUACUUGCGCUGUUAACUUCAAGCUUUUUAUCUUAUGGUUUGACUGGCUAGGCUGGAGAAACCAAUGUCAUUUUCACAACUCUGAAAUAUUAGUAUGCUUGACUAUUACUAAACAAACAAGCAAUUUCAUAAUUUGUUUCAUGAAAAAACUUGCUCCCCCAGCUUGAGUAAUUACUAGAAACAUAAGUCAUUUGUCUGUAACAUUAAACUUUAAGCUAAUUGUUUAUCUUCUCAGUGGAAUAAACCACUAUUGCUAGCCCAGAGAAUAAACAUUUAGAAAACUGGUCCCUACAGUACUGAGACCUAAGAAUAUUGGGACUUUUAGGAUGAGGGGAAAAAAAAAAAAGCAAGCCCAAAUCCUCAAAUAUGAAGAAAAAAAUAUUAGGUGGUUAGAAACACAGUAAAUAGAUCAAUUUACAGCUAAUUUAUUUUGCGUAUAAUUAUUGUCACUGUGUAUGUCUGCUCCAUUUACAGGACAGUUGUACUUUGUGGUUUCCUGUCAGCCAAACCAAAACUUUCUUUUUUGAAGAUGUCAGAAACUAAAAUCAGGCGAAUUCACAAGACAUUCACCUGUAUUUUGUUAGUUACUAUGGCAUUUUCUUACUUCAAUGUGAUACUGCUUGACAAUAAAUAUCUGCUUUACAUUA